AUGCAUAGCCGCAAGCGCUCCUCCGCCUGGGUAGAAGAAGACGAGACCGCCCACGUUUCCCUCGCCUACACCCCAGCCAACCCAACAUCGCUCCCCUCCAAACGCCUGCAAAACAAGAAAGGCGCUGCGGUCACCGCGAAACCCUUACUAAAAUACGACGCGCAGAAGUUCUUGAGCAAUCUAGCGUUCACGCGGUUCUACGUGACGGCGAAUUUCCAGAACUUGGACCAGACGAGUUCGUUUGUGGUGUUGUGUUUGGUGGGGGAGCAGAAUGGGCUGUAUCAGGCUUUAUGUCAUGUCCUCCCAUCCCUCUACCACGUCUCGCCCUCCUUGCAAGCGUUGGCGGUGACGGCAGGCUACGUCAACCCCAACGCAACGCCUGAUCGAGCGCUGUUGCGGGAAUUGCCUUUGAUUACGACGGCGUGCGUGGACGGCACGGUGGUGGAGGAGUUUGAAGCGUUUCGUAGGGAAGUUGGAGGGCCGGAGGGUUGUAUUGCGGUCAUUAGUCCUGAUGGGACUUGUGUUUGGAGUAGUGCAGAGGCGUUGCCUGGGGGUGUGAAUUCGGAUGGGGAUGUGGAGGAGCUGAGACGGCAGAUGUUGGGUGUCUUGGGGGGUGGUAGGGGUGGUGAUGUUGCGAUGGGGGAGGGGUGA